AUGUUUUCCGAGCAAACGUACUCUAGGCUUUUCAGGCCUUGGGAUGUGAGUGAUAAAAAAUCUGAUAGACUAACUAACUGUGAUAAUAAUUCAGAAAUUAAAACAAAGAAAAGAUUGACUGAUGAAAGUAGAAGAGAAAAUCUUCUAAGGAAAAUUCGUGGAAGCUUCAAAAAAUCUGAAACAAGUUAUCAAGACGCUACUGUUUCUACAACUACAGAAGAUGCUGAUCAAGAUAUAAAACCAAUCAUUGCGAACUCUCCAGUUGAAAAACUUACAUUGUGUUGUGACAGACUUCUUAAAGAACCAGAAAAGAAAGAAAAACAAAUAAAACCCAUAGAAGUAAACUCAGCCCCUCAAAGCUAUGGACAUCUUGCAUCACUACCAGCAGCUUACAGCUCAACAUUUAUGCCAGACUAUCUCCCAGGAGCUGAUAUCGCCCACGCUUUGGGAGUACCUCCGACGGAUCCUUUGCUACUAGAAUCUCUUGCACAGGGAUACGCAAUGGAGUUAGAAUAUGCAAGAAUACUCCACCAAGAAAAUGAAGCAAAACUAAACGCAAGAAAACAGAGGCCAAAGAAAUAUAAAUGCCCGCAUUGUCAAGUUGGAUUUUCAAACAAUGGUCAAUUGAAAGGUCAUAUAAGAAUACAUACUGGUGAAAGACCUUACAAAUGCGAUGAGAAAAAUUGUGGUAAGACUUUUACGAGAAACGAAGAGCUUACAAGACAUAAGAGAAUUCAUUCUGGUGUUCGUCCAUUUCCUUGUUCGACUUGUGGCAAGAAGUUUGGUAGGCGGGAUCAUUUGAAGAAACACACCAGGACUCAUUACGUUCAAGCUGAAAGAAUGAUGCCUGUAUUCGUGCCGUUGUCAGCAGUGCCUCAUGUUGCUGGCUUUCCUUACCUUUAUGGGUACUGA